ACGAUCUGUUUGCCGGUACUUUGUAGAUGUCUGCACCGCAGAUGAUAUUCAUAACUUGGCUUUCAAAGCUUGUGGUAUUAUGGCCUGCAACGCUUGGGGUACUACGUGCCUCGUCAUUAAGGAAGUCGCAAGUUGCACUUUAGAACUAAGCAAUGGUAAGAACGUGUUUCUCUAAUGGCUCGCAAAUCCUUUCCAUCGACCAUUCCAGGGUCACCCACUUUGUUCAGGUGCGAGACAUACUAGAGCAGAGUCACCAUGAUCACAAGCUCGAAUGUCCUCUCCUCGGAUGUAGCGCAAAUGGAAGAAAUUAACCAGGAUGCAACCUGCAUACCUGGCUCACCCUUCGAUCCUCAAACCGUAACCACGGUUCCAUCGGCGGCAGCCAGAACUCCAGCCCGGAAGAGAAAGAUGUCGAACGUAGAAGAGCGAACAGAUGUCAAAAGGUCAGGCUCAUCAUCUCAAUCAGACGCAAUGCCUGCAUUCAUACUUCAAGUUCAGCAAGAAUAUACUUCGUGGUUGAAGACGAACGAGGACAUAAAGUUGCAGCUGAGUAAGCAAAGCAAAGAGCUUGACAAGAUCAAGGAUGCUCGAUUGCAAGACUCUCAGGAACUUUUGCGUCUUAGACCUUACGAGUCGAAAUUCGUCGCCGUGAAGGCCGAGCUUACGCAGACGAGGCAGCUCCAUGAAUCGGACUUGAGUAGAGACAGUCAAAUCAUCGACACUUUGACGCUGAAGUUCAAUCACUGUGCGACGGAAAAGGAAGCACUUAGACGGACCCUUGACACGGAAAGGGAGAAGAACGUGAAGAAGAGGAAGAACUUGGAGCAUGAAGUCGCACGAGCCAAGCACCAGCGAGACGUAUGGGAAGCGGACAAAGAGAAUUUCAAGGAUGAACUUUCUGUCACUUUUACUGCACUCAGCCGCGUGAGGGAAGCCUUUCAGGCUCAUGUUGGCAUUGAUGAAGCGUUCCGCUCAAUGCAUACUGCGCACGACUUUGUCGUAAACAGACGACCAGAAGAAAAUUUAUCGGAGCUGGAACAUAGUGGUAUGGGGAUCCUUCUCAGUGGGUCUCGAACGAAUUCUAGGGUAAUGCAGAAGCAAGUCUCUCAUGUGCCAAACUUGUCGAGGUCGAUCUAGAGCAGGCGGCAUCCAAUCGAUAGACGAAAUGAAUGUCAAGCACCUGCGCAUUGCAUAUGUUAUUAAUGUAUAUACAAAGCAAAUCAUGGAUCACGCUGUAUCACUCCAAGAUGCAGUACAA